AUGACCGACACAAAGAACAAGUACUCGGUCAUCCUGCCGACGUACAAUGAGCGCAAGAACCUCCCUAUCAUCUGCUGGUUACUCGAGCGAACAUUCCGCGAGAACAACCUAGAUUGGGAAAUCGUGAUCGUCGACGACGGCUCCCCGGACGGCACCCUCGAAGUCGCCAAACAGCUGCAAGCCCUCUGGGGCCCCGAACACAUCAACCUCAAGCCGCGGGCCGGCAAGCUAGGCCUGGGAACCGCAUACGUGCACGGGCUACAGUACGUCCGCGGCAACUAUGUCAUCAUCAUGGACGCGGACUUCAGCCACCACCCCAAGUUCAUCCCCGAGAUGAUUCGCAUCCAGAAGGCGACGGACGCAGACAUCGUCACGGGCACGCGGUAUGCGAGCCACGACGGCAUCAAGGGUGGGGUGUACGGCUGGGAUCUGUUCCGGAAGUUCACGUCGAGGACGGCGAACCUGAUUGCGGAUGUUAUGCUUAUGCCUGGUGUGAGUGAUCUGACGGGGAGCUUCCGGCUGUACAAGAAGAGUGUUCUGGAGAAGGUCAUCCACAGUACACAGAGCAAGGGGUAUAGUUUCCAGAUGGAGAUGAUGGUGCGGGCCAAGGCAAUGGGGUUCAAGGUUGCCGAGUGUCCGAUUACUUUUGUCGACCGGCUGUACGGGGAGAGUAAGUUGGGCGGGCACGAGAUUGUCGAGUAUCUCAAGGGUGUAUUGAAUCUGUGGUUGAAGGUUUGA